GUGUGACAUUUGACAUUUGACAUUUUAAAAGUAAAUAAAAAAAGUAUUUUAAAAGUAAACAAAGUAAAUUUUAUUUCUACCUAUUCUCUGGUUUCUGCUAAUAUAUUUUCUUUAUAUUAUGAGAGAUAAUUAUACGUAACUUUUUACAACAUAUUUAACGAAAUAUGUACCUAUAUUAAAUUAUAUUUAAUUAUCAUGGUGAAAUAGCCUAGAAUUGCAAUUAUUUUUAUAGAAGAAUUUGAAUAAAAUGUUCAGCAAAAUGAAAGAAGUCGAUGAAGGAGCUGCUGAAUUAGAGUCGCAAUUUGUUCUAAGAUUGCCAAUUGAACCAGCUAAAGUUUUAAAAGAAGCCCUACGUAACUGCGAGAAUUUAAAAGACCGAUUCAACAUCAAAAUCGAAGAAAACAUGAGGCAUGCCGAGGUGAGACUGGAUCACUGGCUGCUACCUGGCAAAAUUGUCGAUUUACCCACUAUUAUCGAGUCAUUGAAAACUAUCGAUUCUAAAAGCUUUUACAAAACUGCCGAUAUAUGCCAGAUGUUACUGUGCAAAGAGGAGGAUGAUCAAAAAUCUGAUGAUGAGAGUCCACAGAAAAAGAAGAAAGAUCCGUACAAGGUUGAUAAAAAGUAUCUCUGGCCUCAUGGUGUAACCCCACCAGCUAAAAAUGUUAGACGGAGAAGAUUUAGGAAAACUUUAAAGAAAAAGUAUGUUGAAGCUCCGGAAAUUGAAAAAGAAGUAAAAAGGUUGCUCAGAGUGGACAAUGAUGCUGUUAGUGUAAAGUGGGAAGUAAUCAACGAGGAUGAUGAGAAUAAAGUCAACAAAGGCACAGUUGUUAUAAAGAAAGAAAUAGUGGAUCCAGAGCAGCCAAAGGUUGCAGAACAUGAUAUUUUUGGUGGUGAUGUGAGUGAUUCGGAUGAUGAAGAAGCUCAUCUUAAUGUUCUGGAUGUUAUUGAUGAUAACAGUCAAAAUUCUGGUGACGAUAGUCAUUUAACAGACUCAAAUUCCGUCCUGAACACAUCAAUAGAUCAGAAGCAACUCAUUACAGAGUUUACUAGUGACAUGUUCGAGGCUACACCAACUAUGCUUCAGGACGUUGACUACUAUGGUCAAUCAUCAUCAAAUAUAAGUUAUUCUGAGCCCAAUCUUACCAAAGCAACUGUGGAGACAAAACUAGAAGCACUAAACUUAGAACUAAAUGAUAUCAAGUCUAAAAGAAUUCAGCAAGAAAUUAAGAUUGAGAAUAUCGAGAACAUAGCUUUGAGGCAACGGUUCCAAGAGAACGUUGAAAGGCUGAUGCAGGAUCAAAUUGAAAAGGAACACGACAUAUACGAAAUGCAAGAAAUAUUAAAGCAAUUUGAGUCUACUUCAUUUUAAAAUUUAAGAAAAAAAAAUACAUUAGUAAGAAAAAAUAAAUUUAGUUAUAUUUUUUAAUAACUAGUACAUUUAGAGACCAUAGCUUUAGUUAUAAUAAUUAAUGGUGCUGGAAUCAGGGGUGGAUAAGUAAAAAACGUAAUGUAAAAAUAUAAACGUGUAAAUACCCAUCCCUGCCUUGAUUCUACCAAGAAAUUAAUUUAUUACCCACUAUUUUACUUAAAAGAAACAUUUAUUUUAAUUUUACCUUUGUUAUACACCUUUUUAUUUUUAUGUUGUCAACUUUAUAUUGUACUAAAUGAAGGAAAAUAAAAGAAAUGAGUCA